AUAAUUGACUGGCCACAGGAAGUUAUAGGCUCCUAUGGAAGGUAGCUAGAGGAGACUGAAAUCAAAAGAAAGACUGGGAGGCUGAAGAUAGCAGCACCAGCCAGGGCUCUCUCCAGGCCUAAAAGGCUACAGGGUUGGGUUAACCCUUUAUACAAUAUGCUGUCCAACCAUCUGGCCUUCUGCCUCUUCCAAAGCAGGUCAGGGUCUUUGUAGCAGGUGGCAGUGUCACACGCUAAGUCUCUUCCCUCUGCUACGGGUGGUGGGGCCGUGAGGUUGGAGUUGCUUUCUCUUGGAGGUGGCAGGCAGCUGUGAGGAUGUCUCAGGUGGACACAGAGCUGGAGAAAGGCUUGCUGGCCAUCUUAUGCACCUUCCACAAGUAUGCCCAGGGCAAGAUGGGUGACCUGCACCAGGCAGCUUUCCAGAGCCUGCUCCGCAGUGAGCUGUGCCACCUGCUCACGGACACGGAGCAGCAGGAGACAGUGAGGAUGGUGUUCAUCAAUUAUGAUGCUGACAGGAACCAGAACAUCUCAUUUGAUGAAUAUGUGAAUCUGAUUGCAUACAUCCUUCGGAAGCUCUGUGUCAAGCAUGGAAACUGAGGCAUGCUCCCAGCUGGGAGCUGCCACCUUCACCUUCUAAGGCCAAAGGAAGUUUGUCUGCCUUUCGCUCCUUCCCAGUCCAUCCCCAACUCUCUGUAACCUUCCCACUUGCUAGCCCUACCCCUCUCCAUGCCCUGUACAGAGAUUGGCUAUAUCUAAGCAGCAGCCAAUAAACAGAGAACAUGUUUUUAUAAUCCUGUGUCCUGUCUAAGUCAGUCUUUUUUUUGCUUUGGAAACCUAUUAGUCCAUCCAUCAGUUACCCAUCCUCAGAUAUACCUCUUGUG